ACUAGUGAAUCAAGAAAGCAAAAAUGGUCAACACACCAAUCCCCCACAGCUUGAAAUCAGAAGCAAAGAAAGCUGCCAAGAUACUCAGAGAAUUUACCAUCCCCAAUGCUAAAACAGGACCAGAUAAAUUAAUACCAGCUGGAAUUCUGUUGAAGGCCAAAGGUCUAGCCAUAAUAACAGUGUUUAAAGCUGGCUUUCUUGUGACUGCCAGAGGGGGGAGUGGCAUUGUCAUAGCAAAGAUGAAUGAUGACCCAGAGAGUGGAGAAUGGUCAGCACCAUCAGCCAUAGCUCUGGCAGGAUUGGGCGGAUUUGAAAUUGGAAUGGAGGUCACAGAUUUUGUCAUCAUUCUCAAUACAAGAUCAGCUGUGGAUGCCUUUUCUAAGGGAGGCAACCUCACACUAGGAGGAAAUUUCACCAUAGCUGCUGGGCCUUUGGGUCGAAAUCUUGAAGGCGACAUUGCUAUCAAGUCUGCGGCUAUUUACACUUACUCUAAAACUAAAGGCAUCUUUGCUGGCAUUUCAGUGGAAGGCAGCGCACUUAUAGAACGUAAAGAUGCCAACAAAAAGUUCUACGGCAGAGAAGUCAGAGCAUUCCAGAUCUUGAAUGGUGAAGUAGAUCGUCCAGAUGAGUGUCAGGCACUUUACGAGGUUUUACGAGAGCACCACGACAUCGCCAUCAGCGCAGUGGUCAAGAUGGCCAAAAAUCAGGCUAGUAAAUAUGUGGAAGGUGAAAGGUCAAGCGAAAGCCGCCCAAGAUUUUACGACAGUUUUAAUUUCAAGUCUAAAAAAUCCGACUCACACGCCACGCCUCCAAAAUUUCCACUAUCUCGCCCAACAAUAACAACAACAAGUAAACCUGCAGCUACCUCAACAACAUCCGCGGCCGCUAAAGAUCCAUGGCUGGAAGCGGAUAUGAAACAGCAGCCAUCAGCGGAGGCAACACAGCAGUCACUGUAUCCGUGGUCUGACAUGGAUCGGAUGAAGUCGUCACACUCCGAACCCAGCAGGAAAAGUUCUCUUGAUGAGAAGUUUUAUGUGAUCGCAGAGUUUAAUUUUGAUGGACAGCUGCCCUGUGAUUUAAAGUUCUCUGCAGGUGAUAAAAUCCAAGUGACCAAAUCUACCCCCAGCCAACAUGAUUGGUGGGAGGGUGUGGAUAGGCGGGGGAACAAAGGAAUUUUCCCAGCUAACUUUGUAUCCAGAGCUUAAUUUCAACCAAUCAGCUUCUUCCUCUUCGGUUUCCUCCUGUCUUUCCAAGUGCCUAGCUUGCAGCAUUUUAUACUUUUGAUGCUGUAAUGUUUUUACCUGUAUGGAAAAAAAAUUGGGAUGUAUUAUAUUUGCCAAAAUAUGUAAUUUAUUUUUGUAUUGUAUAUUUUAUGUGGUGGGGAAAAAUGUUAAGAUUUGUGAUUUU